AUGACUCUUUCUCUUAAGUAUUCUGGUUUGUCGAUGGAGAGAUUUCUCCCUUCCGAUGAAGCUCUUGUUGUAAGGUUUCGUUUUAUCGGUGAGGCUAGUGUCCUAAGGAAUCUCAGCGGGCGCUGGUGGCUUUCAUCUGGUCGUGAGGAGUUCUCGAAGGGUGAACGUACGGCAGAUCCGGUGGUUCUCGAAGGCUGUAGAUGGAGUUUUGCGGUGGAUCUUGGCGAAUCUCUGGGCUUUCUUCUUAUGGCUUCACCGCACCGCGAGAUAUCCUCAGAUCUGGCAUUCCCUUUUCCGACUGGAGAAAUUAGUGCCUCGGGUCACGGUGGUGGUUUGUGUGUGGACUCGCGGCUGCAACAAUGUUGUUUGUGGCUCAGUUUGGGAUUGGAGGAGAAAGCCCGAUUGUAUACAGGAGGAACCUGA